GGAAGGUAAAAGUGCUACUACUAGGUAGUUCCUGUUCGGACCGAAGAUUAGGCACGGACGGGAAAGUCAGGAAGCCAGGGAGGCAAGAAAAGGUCCCAGACUCCCAGGACGGUAGGACCAAGGAGCUGGUAAGCCGGGCGGGUUGGAGACAACCCAGUAUCUAGGUAGUUUGGAAUUCGGAUGGAGUUUGGAGUUUGGAUGGAUCGCUGCGAGGUGGAAUCGAGGCUCAGCAUCCGGUCCAAUCAGACGACCAUCCGACCGUACACAGUAGCGCCAACCCGAGCAUCUUCAGUUGUUCAACAACGCGCAGCGGAUAGAUACCUCCAGCCUGUUUUGCCCCCUCCCCGAACUCUACACAGUACGGGCCAAGAGGGGGAUCAGCAACGCACCAUGGCAGCGGAACUGCCAAGUCCUGUGGUGGCUAUGCGUGCCUCGAAGAUGGGACAACCAGCAAGAUGGAAGGAUCAAGAGAGUUUGCCAAUGUUGUCAAGACUGCGGAUCAUGAAGGAAUUGCGUGCGGGAGGCCGGGAGGCCGGGAGUGGCAGUACUGGCAGUAGCAAGAGGCAAGAGGGAACCAGGGAAGACUCGAGAGGGAUCCCAAGUGGAGCCUGGAUCCAGACGGGCGACCCAUGGGUGGCGCUGAUGGAAAAACCGGCCCAGAUACUCUAAAUGGGGGAACCGGUGAAUGGCGGAGGGAACGAGCCAGAAGAGACGUCAACUGAAGUGGGAGGCGGAGAAGCAGAGACGAAGAAGAGAAGGACUGAGGAAGCAAACCGGAG